GGUUACCUGUUAAAGUAAAGGUCAAAACCGGAUAAUUUGUGUAUAAAAUGUCUGACACUAAAUAACGUCAAAAUCAAGGUUACUUAUUUAAUUUAGUCUUGAUUUAUGGCUAGUACGCAAAUUAGCCCUAAUUUAAAUCGCUGAUUACUUUUUGACUAAAAUUUUUAAAUCGCUGAUUUCAAGGAUCAAUAUUUCACUUACCAGACGCUUUCUCAGGAAAAAGAUCGUUGUACUUUAAAACCUAACAAAUAUAUUGUCUUGAUUUUUGACAAAGACAAGUUUUACUAUGUCUUGUGUAAGUAUCCAAAAGAUUUGGUCUUAGAUACCUCCAUUAAAAAAAACUUAAAGAAGAAGGUGCAUACCAUUUACAGUGAUCAAUAGAGUAUGAAUUCUUACAAAGCAGACAUCCAAAUCAACUGAACUGGAUUCAAUACAAAAUUACAAAUGACAAAUUCUAGUAAAGCCUUUUAGACAAAAGUACUGAUUACAUUAACCAACCAUAAAGACAACGUAUACCAAUUAUCAAUGGUCCUAUAUCAUAAAACAAAUUGAGAGAAAAAAUCCAAGAAACCAUAUGGGCAUAGUCACACAGUUGAGAGCAGACAAGUUUUCCCAUUUCAUAUGUUUGUUGCGUUAAUCUUCUGAUUAUAUUGUACAAUAUUACUUUGUUAUGCUAGAACACAAAACCAUUUUUACCAAAAAAAAACACAAAAUCAUUUUUACCAAAAAAACAAACACAAAAUCAUCGACGGGGUAGAUGUAAAUCCACGAACUUCGCCAUGUUUGGCUGAGAAUAUUUAGAAUUUACUAGAUAAAUUUGGAUAAAAUGAAUAAAUUAGUCAGGUGGAGCUUGCUACGAUUAACACUUUAACCUUUAUGAAAAAGUAUAGUUUUGUGUUAGGAAAGAAAAUGACUUUAUUAUUAAGAAACGUAGAUUCCCCGCCGGUAAUUGAUAAAUUUGACCGUGAAAACCAUAUUAUACCAGUUACAAAAAAAAAAACCAUAUUAUAUCGACCCACGAGUCCGUGUUUUUUUCCGUCAGAAUAACCACAAAAAGCAAACUAAAUUAACGGCGACUUAAAAGAAAUUUCUCUUGUUUAGGCUAAGUUUCUCUCUCGCAAAAAAUAUCGCCUGUUUUUGUGAGUGGAGCUUUGGUUGAUGUGCCGGUGACUCAUAACUCACCUCUUCAGAGAUGGAUAAAGCUAUGAUGGAACUGUCAUUGGAGGAAGAAGAUCAACCGUUUAAUAUGCCGAAUCUCCCACAGUUCAAAUCGAGUCAGAAGAAUUCCAGAAAUUUGAUUGGGAGGAUCCUGAAUCCGGAUUGCCAGAAGAUGUCUAAGCUCAUCCUCAGCAUGCCUCGCAAGUGGCACAAGGGUGGUAAAGUGAGAGGAGCGGCCUUGUCGAAGGAGAGAUCUUAAUUCAUCUUCGAUCAUGAACAUGACCUGGAAGAAAUACUAGAGAAAGGUGUACACACUUUCAGUGAUUGGACCUUGGCUAUUGAUAGGUGGGUGGAGAGACCACCUCCAGACUAUCUUCAAUUUAUUCCGAUCUGGAUCCAAAUCCGAAACCUUCCGGUAAAUUACUAUACUUCUGAAGCGAUUACAGAUUUGUUAGGAGAAGUCAAAGAGGUGGAUUUUGAUCCAGAAAAGUCGCAAAGUAGGGAGUAUGUAAGGGUGUUAAUCCGCUUCAAGGUAUCCAUGCCUCUUAGGAAGUCUAAGUUGCUGAAUCUUCCUGAAGGGGGCUCUGCCAUAGUCUACUUUAAUUAUGAGAGGAUUUAAAAAAACGUGCUAUGAGUGUCAGCGUCUAAACCACUCUAAUGAUGUGUGUCCUCUGUUGGUUAAAAAGAGAAAAGAAGAGGCUUUGGGUAGAAGACAAAGAGUUAUUCAGGAUAGAGGCGGUUUGGAGAAAUUUAUUGGAAAAGAUGAUCCCUUUUAUGGUGUUCUUUCUGAGGAUCAAGUUGGUAUCUGCAGAGAGACAGGAAGGAGGAAGGUUGCACCAGAAGUGCUAGAGGAGAUGAGAAGGUAUAUGAUGAUGGCCACUGAUGAUGACAAGCUUGUUCGAAUGGAUAGGGUCCGCUCUUCUAUGGCAGAAGCUGAGAAAGACCCAUUUACUCAGAAAUCAAUGUUAAGAUUGGAAUCUACUCCUCAAUUUACUAAGCAACUGGAUAAAGGAAAAGGGGUGGUCUAUGAUUUUCAUCUCAAUGUAACUGAGCAAACUCGGGAAGUAAGGGGAGAAGUGAAAGAAAAGCUCAUGGAUUAUGCGUUCAGAGCGGGGAGGUGUGGUGACGCAAUGGAACAGUUUGGAGACAUGAGUAUUCAAGUUGGGCGAAGCAAGAACAGUGUGGAGAGGAAGGCUUUGUCUUAUCCUCAGAUAACUAAGGCUAUGAAGAUCAAUUAGGCAAAUGUUGGUUUUUGUGCUUUGGUGGUAACUCUACGGAAUAUGGUUCUUCCUCUGGGAACAGACCAUCCAGGGUUCCACAAAAGAGUAAUAAUACCAGGAGAAGGCCUUAUAUAAGAAAGAGACAAGAACAGAGAAGUGGUACUUCAAGUGUUUUGCAACAACUAUACGGCUCUGAAGUGGAUAAGCAGAAAGUUGGUUCUAAAAGAAGGAUUGAGGGGGGGGGGGGGG